UCUUUAUCGUAACAGAAAAAAAUCCAAUUCUAGCAGCAGCCAUAACUCUUACUAUAAAACCCAUAAGACACUGGGAGAAAAUACUGCAACAAUUGAUUCAUCGUUUCUAAUUAUUCCCAAUUACUUCCCAAUGACAAGAAAGAAGGUGAAACUUGCGUUCAUCUCCGACGAUUCGGCGAGGAAAGCAACGUACAAGAAAAGGAAGAAAGGUAUUCUCAAGAAGGUGAGUGAACUCACGAUUCUCUGUGGAAUUCCCGCUUGUGCUAUAAUUUCAAAUCCUUUUGAUUCGAAAACCGAAGUGUGGCCAGAUCUAGACGGAGCCAAACAGGUUAUCGAAAGGUACCAGAGUUCGUCUGUGAUCGAUGGAACGAAGAAUGUGAAUCAAGAGAGUUUUCUUCUGCAGAGGAUUACGAAAGCUAGGGAGCAUCUUAAGAAGCUUAAGAAUGAAAAUCAUGAGAAGGAGAUGAAUAUUCGGAUGAUUGAAUACAUGAAGAAGAAAGAUUUGCCCGAUGAUGUUAGCGUUUCGGAUUUGAAAGAAUUUGAAAAAUUGGUUGAGAAAAAUGUGAAAGAGAUCGAUAGUAAGAUUGCACCCGGUUCAUUAGAUUAAGUUCGUAUUAUCGAGCCGAACUGAUGCGAGUAAGUUCAUUUUAUCGAGUCGGAUGCAAGUUCGAAAUUGUAAUUGUUGUUUAGAGAAAUAGUUAUUGUUGUUUAGAAAAAUAUUCUCUUUGUUGUUAAGUGCUUUGAAUAAAAACUUAUGGAUCUGAAUAAAUUUUGAUUAUUAUUAUAAAGUUCUCUUUCUGUCUAA